AUGGAAGAAAGUUUAACUAUUAAUCAACCACAACGACUUGAUAGUUUCCCCAAUGCUCAACCAUAGGCAUCAUUCAGACAAAUCACUCAUAGAACCAACUAGUCAUAAUCUAUCAGCAGAAAAAAUUAGAUUAAAAGUGUCUACCAAAAUAAAAGUAAAAAGGGCAGAAAUCUUACUAACAACUUUACAAUUAAUGCUAACUUUUUGCCUUAAAGUAUAAAAUACGGGAAGAGAGCUUUCAAAAGUAAUACCUAGGGCUAAAAUUCAAAUACCACUCUCAACUCUCCUGGAAAUGCCUUAAGGGCUGCUGAAACCUCAGGAGUGCUGUCAACUGUUGACCAGUCUGACUACAUAAACUAAACUCACUCAGGCAACUUGGUGUUCAGAUAUCAAUCUUAGUAAGAUCAUUUGGCUUAAGAUAAUAACAGAGGACUUUUGAAAACAGCAUCAGGAUUAAAGAGAUAGAAAAUUAAAACUAUAGAUAGAAAUUCAAGCACACGUAUAGAGAACACAAACUCUCAAAAUGACAAAACGCUGGCCAGCACAGGUGGUUUUACGAUAAUUUAGGACCAAUAGAUGGAAAGCAAGUUGAGAGGAUCAGACAGACAACUAGAGAUUAGAAAGGGAUCGAUUUAAUCGAAGCAAACAAAGAAGAAUAGAUUGUUUAAAAUAAGAAACAACCUGAGUAUGGUAGAAAACAAAGAACGAACUAAUUAAUGCAAAACUAUCGAUGAAAUGCCAAACAGUUAAAGAUACUCAGCUCUUCGUUUGAUGUCAAUGGAGCCAUAUACAGGCCCUGGUGAUUAUAACAUACCUUAAGUAAUAGGAAGCGAUCAAAUUUGCAUCUCUCAUAUAAAAACUCCUCCCGGGUAUUCAUUUAGUAAGUAGCCGAGAAUCAGCCUUUAGACUGAGAAAAACCCGACAAUUCUAUUAAAUAAAUAGCUAAGCGAUCAAAUGCCAGUAUAAAUGAUGAUGAAUUAAUCUUUUACGAAUGCUAAUUUGAGAAAGCUGUCGCCUGGAGUCGGUGAUUACUAUAUUGAAAAAUUCGAUGAAAAGUCUAAGUAACCUCGAUGUGUAAUUGGAAAAGCUCAUAGAUUUGAGUAUGAUACUUAGAGGUUCUAAGAAGAAUAAAGAAUACCUGGAGCUUAUCAAUCUAAUUUAGAGAACAUUCUAAGCAAUAAAGGUGGAGUAAUUGGGAAUUAAUAAAGGUUUAGGUAGAAUAAAAAAAUAAUUCCUGGUCCUGGAGAUUAUGAUAUUGCUAGAUUUCAUUCCUUGAGCAAAGCGGAUGUUUCUAUUCUAGCCAUUUCCGAGGAAAGAAAUCCAGAUGGCUCAACAGUAUUCUCACCUAAAUUUAACAGAUCAACUUUAUCUCCAUUUUGCAUGUCAUAAAAUACACUCAACAAAACUUCUAGAAGGCAUUAAGAGCUGCUUUAUCAUAAAGAAUACGAAAAAGCUUAUCUUAACCAAGUUGGUCCUGGCCCUGGCUAUUAUGAAUAUGAAAAGCUCCAAACUAGCAUGGAGCCGGAGAAGCAUAAGUACUCCAUUCCUAAGGUAUUGCUUUUUCUUUCUUUAUAUUCUUGUAUAGACAAGCAGACGAAUUCAGCUGCAUGA